AGUCUUGUGAGAGAGCUCUGAGAGGAAUGUUAGCUGCUGCUGCUCAUGGUUUCAUCCUUUCAUGAAGAGCUGACAGAUGCUUUCCAGGACAAACAUUGAGGGGCUUUUCUGACCCCUAAAUGUGUUUCCCCACUGUGAUCUCAUCAUUACUGACAGAAUGUCUUCCAUUGAACAGUGCAUUAUAGUAGAGCACCAGUAUUCGCACAAGUUCCGAGUGACCGUGGUCAGAGCAGAAAAUGUCACUAAAGGAGCGCUCGGCGACCUGUUGGACACGCCGGACCCAUACGUGGAGCUUUCGAUUCCGACCGCUCCAGAGUCGAGAAAACGAACACGACACAUAGACAACGACAUCCAUCCGAAAUGGAACGAAACGUUCGAGUUCCUGCUGGACCCCCAACAGGAGAACAUGCUGGUGAUGACGUUAAUGGACGCUAACUACGUGAUGGAUGAAACUCUGGGCACGACGACGUAUUCCAUCAACAAACUCAAAAUAGGGCAGCCUGAGACAGUGGUGAUGUCUAUCGGCAAGAACACCAAGGUGUAUCUAGACCUGUUGCUGGAAGUGUGUUCAUCCACUGAUCUGCGCUUCAGUAUGGCUCUGUGUGAUAAAGAGAACCACUUCAGACAGACCCGAAGAGACAGAGUCAUGCAGGGCAUCAAAAAACUACUCAGCACGGAGAACCCACACUUCCUACCCAACUCAGAAAAAGAGGUUCCCACUAUCGCCAUCGUGGGGUCCGGAGGAGGUUUCCGGGCCAUGGUGGGCUUCUCUGGGGUGAUGAAGGCUUUGUACGAGUCUGGAGUGCUGGACUGUGCGACCUACGUGGCUGGACUGUCUGGAUCUACAUGGUACAUGUCCUCUCUGUACUCACACCCAGAGUUCCCGGCUAAAGGCCCCAAAGAGAUAAACGAGGAGCUGAUGAAGUGUGUGAGCAGCAGUCCGCUGAGACUCCUGCUCCCCCUGCACAUUAAACGCUACAUCAAAGCUCUGUGGAAGAAGAAAGCAGGAGGACAGCCCGUCACCUUCACCGACAUCUUCGGCAUGCUGAUCGGAGAGACGCUCAUACCGAGGCGGAUGGACACAACGUUGAGCUCCAUGCAGACGAAGAUCAAUGUGGGUCAGUGCCCCCUGCCUCUGUUCACCUGCCUGCACGUUAAACCCAGAGUGUCUGAGCUCAUGUUUGCCGACUGGCUGGAGUUCAGCCCGUACGAGAUCGGCAUGGCCAAGUACGGCACCUUCAUGCCCCCCGAGCUGUUCGGCAGUAAGUUCUUCAUGGGAAGCGUGGUGAAGAAGUACGACGAGAACCCACUGCACUUCCUCAUGGGUGUGUGGGGCAGUGCUUUCUCGAUCCUGUUUAACCGGGUUCUGGGGGUGUCGGAGGCUGCAGAUAACAGCACUAUGGAGGAGGAGCUGGAGCAAAUCAAAGCAGAUUUGAACCAGAUAGUCGGAAGCGACACAGGAGACAAUGAAGAGGAACCUCAGAGGGCUGGUACGGAGAGUGCGGAGGUGGAGGAUGAGAGGCAGCGUAACGCUCAGGCUAGUUGGGUUCAGCGUAUGUUCAGCUCGAUGGUGGGCGACUCGUCUCUGUUUAAUACUCGGGAGGGCCGGGCGGGGAAGGUCCAUAACUUCAUGCUGGGCCUGAACCUCAACUCCACCUUGCCCUUCCCCACCAGCAGCUGCCUGAUGCCCCAGGCCUCCAUCGAGGAGGAGGUGGACGCCAUCACAGAUCCUAAUGAAUUCAAGGACAUCUAUGAACCUCUGGAUUCCAAAAGUACGAAGAUUCAUGUGGUGGACAGUGGACUGACCUUUAACCUCCCCUACCCCCUGAUCCUGCGUCCACAGCGGGGUGUAGAGCUGAUCAUUUCCUUCGAUUUCUCGGCCAGGCCUGGAGACUCCAGCCCUCCAUUUAAGGAGCUGCUGCUGGCAGAGAAAUGGGCGCGUAUGAACAAGCUGCCGUUUCCUAAAAUCGAUGUGAAGGUGUUUGAUAGGGAAGGGCUGCAGGAAUGCUACGUGUUCAAACCCACGAGAGGAGAGAAGCACUGUCCCACCGUCAUCCACUUCGUCCUGGCCAACAUCCACUUCAGAGACUAUAAAGCUCCGGGAGUUCGCAGAGAGACGGAGAAGGAGAAGGAGUUCGGGGAAUUUGAUAUAUUUGAUGAUCCUGCGACUCCAUAUUCCACCUUCAACUUUCAAUACUCCAACCAGGCCUUCAAACAGCUGCACGACCUCAUGGAGUUCAACACUCUCAACAAUAUCGAGGUUAUAAAAGAUGCCAUCAAAGAAAGCAUCCUGCAGAGACGAGAGAACCCGUCCCAUGGCGCCGUCUCUCUGCCCCUCAACAAACUCAACAACAAGAGGUUUCUGAAAUGCGACACCUCCGGCAGUGCUAAGCGGUUUCGCAGGGACGCACCAAAAAACAGCUAAACCAGGGGCACAGGGGGGGCAGCAGGGGCCUCGCCUUAACUGGACAAGAACUUGAAAAUACACAGUAACAAGCAUAACUGGAAACACUCAUUUUUGGAUGAGUCUUGGAGUCUUGUGAACUGGUUCAUUUGUAGUUGGGGAGAUUCAGCCUUUCCUCUGAUUGUACAGUCUUUACCGCCAUUCCUUUACAUGAUCAGACCGACGCACUGCACUGCACAUCUGUGUGUGAAGACAUACGAGGACUUUUAUCUGCAUACGAAUGUGAGAGGAAUCUAUGCACACCAGCAAAUACACACACAGUCACACCCAACAGUGUGGAGUUUAGAUACCCAAGUGUAAAUUACGUGGGUGGGGUUUCCUUAAGGCAUGAUUCUUAAAGAAGGGCUGAGCAGGCAUCACACUAAUGCUCUCUCUCUUUACUGUUUAGAUCGAUGGCUGUGUAUAAACAUGGACAGCCAAAACUAGGAGGCAAAGUGCGAGAAACAAAUUUUAAAAGUUGGCUUGCCUCUCCUCCUCUGCUCUCUGCCUGCUGCCUCUCCCCCUCUAUCUGCCGCCUCUCCCCUUCUAUCUGCUGCCUCUCCCCCUCUGUCUCCUGCCUCACCACCUCUGCUCUCUAUCUGCUGCCUCUCCCCCUCUAUCUGCUGCCUCUACCCCUGUAUCUGCUGCCUCUACCCCUGUAUCUGCUGCCUCUACCCCUGUAUCUGCUGCCUCUACCCCUGUAUCUCCUGCCUCUACCCCUGUAUCUGCUGCCUCUACCCCUGUAUCUGCUGCCUCUCCCCCUUUAUCUGCUGACUUUCCUUCUCUAUCUGCUGCCUUUCCCCUUCUGUCUGCUGCCUCUCCCCUUCUGUCUGCUGCCUCUCCCCCUCUGUCUGCUGCCUCUUCCCCCUUUGUCUGCUGCCUCUACCCCUCUGUCUGCUGCUUCUCCUCCUCUGCUCUCUGUCUGCUGCCUCUUCCCCCUCUGUCUGCUGCCUCAACCCCUCUGUCUGCUGCCUCUCCCCCUCUGUCUGCUGAAUUGAAUAAUAAUAAGAAGAUUAAGAAGAACAGUAAAUGGACUUUUCUAAGCCAAAUUAAAUAUCCUCCAUGUUGUCAUAUUUGCAACCACAGUGGCAGAGACAGACUCGCCUACUUAUUUGGCAACCUAAAGAUUUUUUAAUUAGAAGAAUUAAUGUCAGGAAGCAUUAUUACAGUAGAGAAAUACACAUAUAUGAACAAAAAUGUUUGGACACCUGUUCAUUCAUAGUUUCUUCUACAUUCAAACGUAUUAGCAGGAGUUUAUACUGCUUUUGCUGGAGUAACUGUCUCUGCUGUCUAGUACAUUCUGGAGCAUUGCUGAGAGGAUUUAGGUGCACUCAGUGACAAAAGCUUGCUGGGGUGUUUUUUUUUGAGGAGCAGCACCAUUAUAUCAUUCCACAGGUUUACUGCUUCACAGCUCAGCGCUUUGGGGACAUGAUAUUAACCUGCAUGCCUUGCAGUAAAAAGAGUGUCAACAGAUUCAUUUGGGUUUAUUUGCUCCAGAAAGGGAAGAUAAACCUAUUUUAAGGGCGUUUUCACACUUGUAGUUAGUUUUUAUUGUCUGGAUCAGUUGAUGAGUUUGUUUAAUUGGAGCGUUUCUCUCUCUGUUUGGUUUGGUUUCACACAGGCAUAAACCUAAACGCACCACAAUACUCACCAAUAAACCAUGCAAGCACAUCGUCUCCUCUGAUUGGUCAGAGCUGUCUGGUGCUGGAGCAAGAAAGUAAAUAUAGAGAAAAGAUUCUGUGUUUUAGUGUGUAUAUCUGUGCAGUGUUAAGCUGCUUUACACAGAACACUGAAAAUUUGCAGAUGUACACUUAGUAAACUGAGUCGCGCAGCUGUGAGCAGUGAUCGCAGCAUAUACAGCACGUGUAAACAGCAUGGAGCAGCAGAGACAGUGUUUGUUCAUAGCUGUGGUAAUUAGUGAUUAUCUGCUUAAUAUAUUAAACAGAUUAAACUGCACCGUAUCAGCAGUUUAGCUCAAAUAAAAGCAGUAUAUUUGAUAGCUGGGUCAGAUCGAGACCAGAUCACUAUUAGUGCUGGUGUGAAAACGCCCUAAUGAUGGUGCUUUUCUAAUAAAAUAAAUAGAAAGCUGUGUAACUUAUAGUAGUUGAUUAUUAGCAUUUAUUCGAGAGGGGUGUCCACAAACAUUAGGCCACAUUGUGUAUGUAAUAGGAAUUCUUCUAUAAAUGCUGAAUCACUGGAGCACUGCUGCUUGUUGUGACCUGGAUUCUGAAGGAAGGAAAGGAAAGCUAUUUUUCAAAGGAUUGAAUUACCACCACCCCCACCCUCGACACACCCACCCACCCACCUCCACCGCCCCGAGGGAUGACGGGGUGAAUAGAAAUGCAGUCGGACACUCAGAGCUCCACCCCUUUUUUGGGAUGGGUCGAAAGUGAUGGCAUGAUGUGGCAUGUUUUACACACUACACUGCCUUCCUACUUUACUCAUAGCUACACCACACACACACACUCUCACACUUUUACACUUUGUUACAAGAUCCCUGGCUGAGUGCUGAGGCCGUCAGACACUUUAUAAAAAAAUUAUUUAGUGAUUUUCUAUUUAAUUUCUUUAUUUUUUUUUUAUUCUCUAAAUUUAAUGACUGCAGACUGUUGAUACAGUAGAGCACAAUCUUACUGAAUACCCUCGUAUUUGUAUACUUAUUAAUGAAUAGUAAACAAUAAAUUAGUCAUAUUUAUGAAUCAAGCAUGUUUAAUAUUAUCUGUUAAAUAUUUAAAACUGUUUUAUUAUAUGAUUAUUUGUAGGUUUAUUCCAUUAACUGUUAUAUUACUGAAAUUAAUAAAUGAUGUAUUAAAUCAUGUUCUCUUAA